GUCAAAUAAAUUUCGGUUCAAAUUUUAAGAUUUUAUAAAUCCUUUAAAAAAAUAAUACUUUAGCUAAGUUUCAACAGGUUUAUUGGUGUCUAAAAUAUCAUUACAGUGAUAAUUAUAUCAAAAUUUAUCAAAUCUUACCCCGGAAAGGCUGAAUAAGUGCAUAAAUAUGCAACAAUAAAAAUCACAACAACAAAAAUUUUUUCGCAAAAAUUUAAAAAUAUUAAAUAGUCGUCUAGGAAACAUUUAAUUAAAUUAAUAACUGUAUAAAUGGAAGCAGAAAAUCAAAGUCCAUCGAAAAAGAGUCAAGACUCGAACGAUUCUGAUGAAAAUCGUGAGAAAAAAGAAAAUAAUAAUCUAGAGCAGGCAACAUCAUCUAAAAGCAACAAUUUAGAGAUUAAGGCAGUCACAAAGAGGCGAAAUUAUCGUCGUAGGACAGACGAGAGUAGUGAUGACGAAGAGAUGAAUGAAGUAGAGCCAGAAAAUCGAAAUUUUGGUGCAAAUAUAGAGGAAAAUAGUAAUGUAAAUGCUAUUGCUGCUGACCUGAACGAGAUUAAUGAAGUAGCUCAAGAUGAAGUGGCAAUGAACAGUGAUAACAAUGAUAGUGGGAACAAUGAAGCCAGCAAUCAUGACAGUCACGACACUUCAGACGAUUCAGACUCGGAUUUCAGCUUUACAUCCCCACUUUCGCCAUUACUCCGUUUUGGACUAGGAAGUCGCAGGAUCUUUGGGUCACAUAGUGACAGCUCUGAUUCGAUUGAGGAUAAUGAGGAGAUUCGCGAGAAGGCGAAUAAAACCACGACUGAAGUUAUGAAUAAGGAAACCCCAUUACACAAUAAUUUUUCAUGGCCUAAUGUUCUUAUGAAUCGCGAAAAAGGCUUUUAUUGUAAGCAGAACGAAGCUAGAUACCUUAAUCAUCGUAAGAAUUUUGAAAGGAACUUUUAUGGAUCAUUAAAUGCUGUCGAACGUUUAGAAUUAAUGAGUAAAUUAAAUGAGCACUUUGGAUGCGUCAAUUGUUUAGGAUUUAGCAGGAAUGGUCAAUACUUAUUAUCAGGCAGUGAUGAUUUACGUGUUAUUUUAUGGAACUGGUAUAAUGGCAAGGCACUAUCAUCUGCAAAUAGUAAGCACAAGAAGAAUAUCUUCCAGACUAAAUUUUAUGAUGAAUCUGACAUUGUUAUGAAGGCUGUAAGUGCAUCAGCUGAAGGAAGUAUCUCACUUCAUCAAUUUACUGGCGAUGGGGGACAUACCGAAAAGCAAGUCUAUACUCAUGCUGGUGCUGUGCAUAAAAUUGCCGUGUCUGAAGCACAGAAUGUGAUUUAUUCAUGCGGUGAGGACGGACUUAUUAUUGAAUUUGAUUAUCGCUCAAAAAAUCCCACAAAAUUAACGACUGUACGCGAAAAACAUAGAAAAAUUCCACUUUUCAGCAUCACGGCUCAUCCUCACGAAUAUAAAUAUGCUGUAAGUGGACGUGAUCAGUUUGUGAGAGUUUAUGAUAGACGUAAUGCUAAGCAAGUGUUUACAAGACACUGUCCACAAGAGUUACUCGAAAGGAACACGACUGUCCGAUACGUUUCAUGCUGUGUCUAUAAUUAUAAUGGAACUGAAUUGUUGGCUAGUUUUAAUGAUGAACAUAUCUAUCUAUUUGAUUCCAACAACACGAGUUUGGGAUCAUUUGUACAUAAAUAUCAAGGGCAUGUGAAUUCUGCAACUAUUAAAGGUGUCAACUUCUAUGGACCUCGUAGUGAAUUCAUUGUUACUGGCUCGGAUUGCAGUCACAUUUUCUUCUAUGAGAAGCAUAGCGAGUCGAUUGUGCAAUUUAUGGAAGGUGAUGAAAAUGGAAUAGUCAAUGUCUUGGAACCACAUCCAAUUUAUCCAGUUCUUGCGACUUCAGGAUUAGAUAAGGACAUAAAAAUUUGGAUGCCAUCCAAUGACAGCUUCAUACUAGACAAAGAAAAUUUAAAGAAACGUGUCAACGAAAAUGUUAAGAACAUCUAUGAGAGCAAUCAGCAUGCAACUUUUUCAUUAGAUCCAACAAUAAUUGAACUGGCUAGAAGAUUUUUUCAACGUCAUAGAGAUCCUUCCGUUUCGCCAAAUCCACUGGCUUUUGCUUAUCCUAAUUCGGAUACGUCCGAUGAUUCAGAUUAAUUUGUUUGAUGUAAAAAUAUAUUAAAAGUUUAAAAAGUGUAUCAAAGAAAAUUAAAUAAUAAAUUUUAUGGAUUUUUAGGAA